AUGUCUCUUCUGGACUCCGCCGCCACUCGCGAAUCCAUCUUCUUUGGGGUCGACCAGGUGGCAGAAUGGCAGAUCAGAGGCCGGGUCCCGGAUUCCGUGGACGUGACAGCUGGCAUGCUCGGGGUGCAGCUGCAGGACGACCUCUGGUUCGUGAGUGGUCUGUGUGACAACCGCAAUCCAGCCCUGGGCUUGGAUUGGAGGGUGGUGCGGGUGAUGAAGGGUGGUGCGGGAGGGAGGGUGGUGCAGGUGAAGGAGGGUGGUGCAGGUGAUGGAGGGUGGUGCGGGAGAUGGAGGGUGGUGCAGGUGAUGGAGGGUGGUGCGGGAGAUGGAGGGUGGUGGAGAGCGGUGGAGGGUGGUGGAGGGUGGUGGAGAGUGGUGGAGGGUGGUGGAGUGUGGUGGAGUGUGGUGGAGUGUGGUGGAGUGUGGUGGAGUGUGGUGGAGUGUGGUGGAGUGUGGUGGAGUAGGGUGAAGAAGCGCUGGUGGGCUGGUCGGUCGGUGGUGAGCCUUGGCCCACAAUCGCCUGCUUCAGCUGCCAGUGCUGCGAGUGGCUGUCACUCAGGCGUCUGGGAAGUGGAAUUUGACUGCGAAGGGGAGGUGGAGGGGUGGAGAGGCACGGAGGCAGGAGGGGGAAGAGAAGGCGAGGAGGAAGGGAGGGGGGGCAUUGGCAGCGGAAGGCUAGGAAGGCGAAAAGGGGGGCAGAAAAGUGAGGAGGAGAGGGGUCAAUGCUCCAGCGUUCUUCCGAACCUGGAGCUGCCGCUCGAGGCUGCGAGGAGGUCCGGUGCAGGCCCGGGCUGGGCAUUUGGUCCUGAUGGAGGUUCGGGCGGCCCGAUUCCGAACGAGAGAGCGCGACAGGAGGAGCAGAGUGGUGGAAGGGGAGGGAGAGAAGGGAAGGGUGGGGCAGUUGCGGAGGGCAGGUCGUGGGACAGGGAGAUUAAUGCGGGGAUUGGUUGGGUUAGAGGGGAAGGGGACGAUGCAGAAUCAGAGGAGAACUGUGGAGAGGUGCUUAAAGGAGCUGAUCAUAGCGGGGAUGGGGCCAGAGAGGCGGUUGGAGGAGAGGUAGAGGAAGGAGAGGGAGGCAGAGCAGUGGGAGGAGAGUGGGGUGGGCGGGCCGGAGAGGGCGUUGUAGGCGAGACUGAGGAAGGUGAGCCGUUGCCCGGCCUUGCAGAAGGCUGGGAUGGGGCCUGA